AGAGUCCUACCAAAUAAUUUCCUCUGAAACGCAGCAUAAAGGCGCCACAUACAUUGCAGUUUCACACACAUUAACUAUCAACGUGGAGAGAGACGAGCAAAAUCAGAUCAUCAUACAUACUCUCACCAAAGCUAACCUAAUCUCAAACAAAACACAUCCACAUUCAUUCUCCAUGUAUGUAUGUAUGUACAUCCAUGCCUAAUCUUUGAAUGACUUGUUUUAUUGAUGUUGACAAUUUUGUGCUGAGUGAGAUUUUUAGUUUUAAUUUCGAAGUGCAGAUAUUAGGCGGUUUGAGAUGAAUUGGAACUCGAAUAUGGAGGUUCAUUAUACGAAUACUAGCUAUCCUUAUAAUUCUGCAGGAAGCUUUAUGGAAUAUUUUGAAGGUCUUACUUAUGAACAUGUGAAUUUCAUUUUUGACGGUGCUUCGCAUAUUCAGGAAACUGUUUACCCUACUAUGAAUGCGAAUUUCUACAAAUUUGGGACGUCUCAGCCUGGAAGUGGUUCGUAUUAUGAUCAUAGUCAUGCUUAUGAGGUCCAUGAUCACAGACCACAAAUCAAUGACUAUAGAAGGCAUGUAGAGAAUUCUUCGACAAUGACUAAUCCAGCAACUGCUGCAGUAAAUGCAGAAUGGGGAGGAAAUGAGAAUGUGUCUACUCAGAAUGAUCCCGUGGAAUGUCCUCGAAGACAUCAGAAUGCUCAAGAUUUUCAGGUCAUUUGGCAAGACAAUGUUGAUCCUGACAGUAUGAGUUAUGAGGAAUUAUUAGAAUUAGGUGAGGCAGUUGGAACUCAAAGUCGUGGUCUUUCCCAAGAACUUAUUUCUUUGCUUCCAGUCUCAAAGUAUAAGUGCAGCUUCUUCUGUAGAAAGAAAUCAAGAAAAGAAAGGUGUGUGAUUUGCCAAAUGGAAUAUAAGCGAGGUGACAGGAGGAUCAUGCUUCCAUGCAAACAUGCCUAUCAUGUUGGUUGCGGAACUAGAUGGCUUAGCAUCAAUAAGGCCUGCCCCAUAUGUUAUGUGGAUGUGUUCAGUGAUGCGUCAAAACAUUAGGAAAUAAUUACUGGUGGACGUAUAGAGGAAAUCUGUUUUAUUGUUUUGAUUUUGGGUAAUUUUCCCUGCAUACGGAGUUGCUUGUUUCAGCUUCCCCUCUUCUGGUGUAGAAAAGAAUCACUUAGCUUUUGUAAUAAAUUUAGUUACAGAGUUUAUCCAAUAUUGAUGUGUUUGGUUCCA